AUGCUUGAUUGGGUGGAUUUGUGUACGAUUGGAGCAAAGCUGCAGAUUCUUAUCUUGGCUUUAUACUGUAUUUAUUCACUUCGAAAGUUCAGGGAUCACAAUCCGACUCUCACUCUAAACUAUGCUCUUCUUUACUUGGAUAUUUCAAUGAUCAUCUCACAUCUUUUUCAUGAUACAAUCAUUCGCGUUGCUGAAAAGGAUGUUUUCAGUGAUCUUGGAUUCAAAAUCAUUCAAACGAUUAUGUUCUGUCGUUACUUCGGUCAAACAUAUUUUCUCAUUCUUCUCUCUUUGUUCCUGAUCUUGGCUUGUUAUUGGCCGAACACUUACAGAACGAUGAAGCAACCGCACACCAUUGGAGUCAUGCUGAUACCAGCUUUAAUCACAAUAGUACACGUCACACUUUUCGUAUGGGAAUGUGAUUGCAUGAUCUUUCGUGUCCCUGAAUAUGUUUGGGAUUCGAAUCUAUCGUUGGAUUCACCAAAAAUGAUUUACUAUCUCUAUUCAGAGGGAUUGAAAGUUCUCUGUUUGGCACUUCUUGUGGUCACUGAUGUGGCUUUACUAAUCAAAUUGUAUCGUCAUGGUCUUUAUAGAGGGCCAAAGUAUCUCCGAACUCAAACAACUGAUCAACAAAUCACCUCGAAUCUUGGCAAUUCGAACAAUGGUUUCAGCAUGAUGAGCAAUGGAAUAACCUCGGAGAUUGUAAGGAGAAGACCGCGACUCCGAAUCGACGCUAGAUUAGCGCUUGGAUUCACCUACUUGUGCACGGCUUUCGUUUGCAGCUCUGUGCACUAUAAAUUGAAAAAUGAUAUGGAUCCAAUGUUGCACAAAAUCUUUUACCAUCUCGUCGGAAUUCUUGAGCUUUCCAAGUGCUCAAUGUACAUUUUAAUCAAUCUUUUGAACUUUUUCAUUUCAUCGGUUUUUUUUUCAAAAUCAAUAGAUAAAUUUCUUCUCGUGUAUGAUGUUGAAGAUGUUGGUGGUGUUGACGUUUUGUUCGUUUUGUGCGCUUUUUUCGCUUUGUUCAUUGAUUUCGGAAGAGCAAAGAAUACACGCUCAACUGAAGCGGAUCGGAAACUUCAAAUCGAUCUUCUCAACGAUAAGGCCGUCUUUCCGAGAGCCGAUUUAUUGAAUCAGCGAUAUGUUAUCCUGAUCAAGCCGAUGGUUGUGAAGCACGUUUUGACGAUGCCGGCUUUCGUAGAUUUUCUUCUUUAUUACUCCGAGAAGCUCAACAAGGAGUUUAAAAACGCCUCAGAGUUUAAGCAAAAGCGGAUCAUUGAAGAGGCGUUAGAUAACACGUUCGACAUGCUAAUUAAACAAUACGGACGCUUCAAGGCAGAUGAUAACAUCAAAUCUCUCGAGGGUUUGUUUAAGAAACAAGAGCAAGAAAAACAAAAUCAAACGAAGCAACGACGUCAUCCCAAUGAACAACACAAAAAAACGAGCUAUCCCGCCAAAAAUACCAUGGAAUUCAAGGAUUAUCUUCUUUCGCAGAGUUUUCUUGAUGAGCUUCUAAAAGAAACGGGCAAGUAUCUAGAAGAGAGGAUUAAAGAGCAGCAUGCUCAACAACAUCGUGACAAGGCAGCAGCUGGAAUGGCGAAUCAGGAGAAGAAUCAACGA